GUUUGUUAUCCCAGGGCUUCAAAUGCUGUCAAGGCAGAAAUUAGACAGCACUUCCGUUCCUUGUGUUCAGAUGAUACACCAAUGGUACGACGUGCAGCUGCUUCCAAAUUGGGUGAAUUUGCAAAAGUUUUUGAAUUAGACAGUGUGAAAACUGAAAUUGUCCCUUUGUUCAUUAAUCUAGCUUCAGAUGAACAGGACUCAGUGCGCCUGCUAGCUGUGGAAGCUUGUGUCAGUAUCGCUCAGUUGUUGCCUCAGGAUGAUCUUGAGGUCUUGGUAAUGCCUACCCUUCGACAGGCAGCUGAAGAUAAAUCUUGGAGAGUUCGUUACAUGGUAGCUGACAAAUUUUCAGAGCUCCAGAAAGCUGUGGGUCCGAAAAUCACCUUAAAUGACCUCAUCCCUGCCUUUCAGAAUCUACUUAAAGACUGUGAAGCUGAAGUCCGAGCAGCUGCUGCUCACAAAGUAAAAGAGCUUUGUGAGAACUUGCCUACUAAAGAUAGAGAGACCAUAAUUAUGAAUCAAAUUUUGCCAUAUAUAAAGGAAUUAGUAUCUGAUACCAACCAACAUGUCAAAAUAGCUCUAGCUUCUGUAAUUAUGGGAUUAUCUACCAUUUUGGGCAGAGAGAAUACUAUUGAACAUCUUCUACCUCUUUUUUUAGCUCAGUUAAAGGAUGAGUGUCCUGAAGUUCGUUUGAAUAUCAUCUCCAAUUUGGAUUGUGUUAAUGAAGUUAUUGGAAUCCGUCAACUCUCUCAGUCUCUUCUUCCUGCCAUAGUGGAACUGGCUGAAGAUGCCAAGUGGCGGGUGCGGCUGGCUAUCAUUGAGUAUAUGCCACUGCUGGCAGGCCAGCUGGGUAUGGAAUUUUUUGAUGAAAAACUGAAUUCCUUAUGCAUGGCUUGGCUUGUGGAUCAUGUGUAUGCUAUCCGAGAAGCUGCCACCAACAACCUCAUGAAAUUAGUUCAGAAGUUUGGUACAGAGUGGGCUCAAAAUACCAUAGUUCCAAAAGUGUUGGUAAUGGCAAAUGAUCCUAAUUACUUGCAUAGAAUGACCACUUUGUUCUGCAUUAAUGCACUGUCUGAGGCCUGUGGUCAAGAAAUAACCACUAAGCAAAUGCUACCCAUCGUAUUAAAAAUGGCAGGAGACCAAGUAGCAAAUGUUCGUUUCAAUGUGGCCAAAUCUCUUCAAAAAAUUGGGCCUCUUCUGGACACUGAGGCUUUGCAGGGAGAAGUUAAGCCAGUAUUACAAAAAUUAGGUCAAGAUGAAGACAUAGAUGUCAAAUAUUUCGCACAGGAAGCUAUAAGUGUGCUUGCAUUGGCAUAAUGAACAUGAGGGAGAAGCCUUUACUAAACUCUUGUCACAGAUUUCUAGUCAGUGUUUUCUCAACAUGGGGUGCAGAGAAAAUAGGAAACCUACAAGACCGCAUCCAAGCAAAUGGCAACAACUUAAAAUUUCAGUGACAUGACUCUUUCUAAAGAUGGAACAGGACUGUUUUUUUUCACUCAUCUCUGUUGGCUUAAUUAUUUAAGUAAUUCUUAUGGACCAAUUCCUGAUACUUGGUACAGUCGUCUCUUGAUUGUCUCCCUAUGUUUUUCUAGCACCAUCUGGGCUCUUAUAGUCUCACUGUUGGGUCCAGUCAGGUGCCAACUGCUUAAUAUUCCACAUAAGCCUGGAUGGUUUGGACUGAUAAAUGAAGUGGAAUGAUUCUUUUACUGUUAACAUAUAUCUGUAUGCCUCGCCAUCAUCCCAAAAUUAAAAGUACAUAGAAUAAUUUAUUUUUAUAAACUCUAUUUGGGAGAUACAUUGAGAAAUCACUGUAGUGAAAGCCAUUUUCCUGGAUUAGAAUGGUCUUCAUUAGUGUCUCACAUGACCUGGGAACAUGGAAGCUCAAGAUUAAUGUAUUGGUUAUCUUCAUUUUAUUUACUCAGUUGUGACUGUAAUCAUGUGAUUGAGAAGCCAAAAGUAUGAAUGUAUGUUGUAGCUAGCAUGUUAUGUUGAAAUUUAACACUGUGACUGCCUUCACAUAUUCUCUUUUCUCCUGAGAGACUUUAACUUUUAUGCCUCCUAAUAAGCAGAAGACUGCAGUUUUUUCUUUUGAAUGAGUAUAGGAACCAGUGGUAUAAUAUUGUGUGCAUUUCCUGUUCUUUACCUGACUCUUCUUCCAGCAGUGUUAGCAUUUAUCCUUGCUACCUUACACAAUAUUUUUCCAAACUGAUGUUUCAUUGCUAAUUUUUUGGUGUAGGUGAUACUGGAAUCUUACUUAAAAUGUUUGAUUUUUUACUUUUGCAGUAAAAUCUCAUUAAUUUUUUCUGAAAUUUAAGAUACUGGUUUAAGCAAAGGAUUUGCUGAAGCAAAUUAAUAGUAGGUAAGGAGGUCUGAACUACAGUUCAGUGCUCUCUUUAGAAAACACCCAUUUACCUUUUGACAUAGCAGUUACCAAUCAUUAAUUGUAUCACACACUGCCCUUGAAGAUGUAUGUCUAAGGAAUCUUGUACCUUUGUUGAUAAAUUCAAUAUACUUUUUGUCUUGGAAAUAUGUACAUUUAUAUUGCGUGAAUAAUUUAAAUAUUUUUUCUUAUAAAUUUAUGCACAUUUCAUGUCAUCAAAUUCACCUUGUCUUUAAUGACUUUUAGUUAAUAUGGUUUUAUUGCAUUUUUCUCUCAUUACGUCUUGCUGUGUAAUUUGGUGUUUGCAUUUUGGUUUUUGAAUUGUUGAUUUCAUUCACAAGCUCUUUGAAAUCCAGUCAGCCCUGUUCAGUUUUGUGAAGGCCCGAAUACUCCUAUAAAACUUUGUACAUUAAACAGUUGGAUACAACCAAAUUGACUACUUUGAAGUUGUCCUACCUUAAGAAAACAGAAAUUUUAAAAUUUUAUUGUAUUUAUAUUUUUAAUAAUUCCAUUUUCCCCCAAGCUACCUCCUCUCCCUAUAUACAAAAGCUUUGUUUCCAUUUUUCAGAAGAGAAAUUUUAAAUAAAAAUUUCUUCCUGUAUAUAUUUUUUCUUCCUAUAUUUUAAACUGCAAAGUUACCUUGUACUAAGUUACUAUUUUAUGUUGUCUUGGGCCAAGGAUUAAAUAUUUUCUUAAGCGGAAAGCUUUCCUGUAUCUCAUUUUAAUAUCCUAAACAAUUGUGCUGUAAACAGAUUUAGUUUUAUGGCUUUUGUUUUUUUUAAUUAUCUGGAGGUUGUAUUCCUCUUCUUGGAUUUCAUAUCUGAGAGACUGCUGCCUUUAUCCUUGGAAGAAAUUUGCACUGAAACCACUGCUUUAUUUGUUUAGAGAUGCCUUUGGUUUGGGGAUGGAGUUUUAAAAUUCUCUUUGCUCCCUAUUGGGAGCCCUGUGUAUUCACCUUCCAGCCCUAUUAAGGGGACACAGCCAUUGCUUUCUCAAUCAUGGGCCAUAGAACUCAGCAGGGUCUCUGUCUUUUUCAGUGACCCUUUAAGGGACUUCAUUAUUUCUUUCUGAUAUAAACUAUAGGAAAUCCUUUUUGUUAUUGUUAAGAAUUUUUCUUUG